AUGAUGGCCGUGUGGCUGUGGAAGUACCAGCAAAAGCCCAAACUUCUGGCUUUGAUGGACCAGCAUUUGCCACCAUCGGAUUCAGCGCAGCUGAGGACGGGAACAACCUCAAAGGACCACAUCACCUACCGGGAGACCUUUGGUGGACGACCCUUUACGAAGGAAGCCCUGCAGAAGAACAUCAAGGUCCCUGACGGACAGCCAUGGAUUGCAUGCUUGGACCCACGAAGCCAGAAAGCAGCGACCUUCGUUUCUGAGUUCCUGUUUGGGCAAUCCUAUGAUGCAAUGGUGAAACAGGCUGUACGUCACAGCCAAAGCCUUGAGGAGGUGCUGGAACACGCCAACAUUCACAAAACAUGGCAGGAGAUCGUGGCUUCUGGAACCGAGCAGGCAGUCAUGGAUGUGGACUUGGAUGGAUCAGGCCGCAGCAUGGAUGCCUUGUCCAACUUCGUGGAGGUGGAAGCUUUGUCGAAGCUCCAGAUGCCCGAACAUUCAAGCCAAAGGCAAACAGUUGAAAACGCUGUGGAGCUCUCGCGACGCAUGGUGAAGUCCCAGAUCCAGACGGUGGAUGGCAGCCAGUCGCUGGAGAAGUUGGCCAAGCUGCUGUUUAGGAUGGAUGUGAUGAAGUUGAGGGGCGGCACUGACCACUCCUUCCUUGUCCUGUAUGGCAUCGAAGCGGCCGGUGAACACGAGAAAGAUUCCCGGCGGUCCCCGACCCCUGCUAGAAGAGACCACCAGGAGAAGAUCAUGAGAGCCAUCUUCUGCAGCCGCGGAGAGGAGCUGCUGAACUUCGACGACAGCGACAAACUCGUGUAUCUCUUCAUGGAUGCUGGGCGCGUCGGGACGCAGUCUGCAUUCGUGCAGUUGUUCAAGGCGGUUGAGUCAGGACCAUAUGCCAAGCACACCUUCAACGUGAGCUAUGCAGAGGACAGCGUCAAGAACGAGACGAUUGUCAUUGUGCCUGGUGAUGCGACUCGCAUGAGCAACAUAGUUGGUUCUCGGAAGAAUUUGCAUCAUUCUGGAACCACAUCUGGAAGUUGCCUGAUGGAGUGCUUCAAGUCGAACCUCAAAGAUGUUCCUGUCCUGGCCACAGCUGACAAGCACGCGAUGCUUGCUAGCGCCCGAGUUUCGGAUGAGAGUCAAGAUGUUCCUGGCCUGGAGCCUAUGGACUGGUCCAUCCUGCACCCCAAGGUUUUCGAGGAACUUGUUCACCGGUUUCGCCCAAAGGCCGUUGUCUUGGCAACGGCCUCAUGCCCUAGUAUCCUGACCUGCGUGCUGGAAAACCAAAUCCCGACCUUGGCGAUUUGUUUCUUGGACGAGCAGUUGUUUAAAGUGAUGAUGUCAAUGACUGACUGUCAUUGGCCUACUGUCAUUGACUCACUUGGUUUUUUUCAGAACAACCAGUCGGACUGUCACGCAAGCAUGACCCAAGGCUACUCUGCAAAGCAUGAGACUUGGUACCAAGACAACGCGAGCAAGACCCUCUUCAAGAUGAUGUGCCAGGCCAAAUCUCGACACUACCAACCGGAGUUGGCCAAAGCCAUCAAGGAUACCAAGAAAAAUGAUGAAGAGGCGGAGGGUCAGCCGGCUCCUAAGAAGAAGCCUCGCGGUGGUGGUAGCAGCAGUGCUCUCAAGAAGAAGCGCAAGAGCCGUGGCAAAGGGAAGAAGGGCCGUGGCAAAGGCAAAGCUCCAAAAAAGCGAAAGGCCAAUGAUGAUGAUGAGGAGGAUGGCGGUCUUCUUGAAGAAGACGAGGAGGACGACAAGAAUGACACGUCUAAGAUGGAGGAGGUCGUGGUGGAGGACAGUGCAGAUGAGUGGUCGUCGAGUACUCACUCUUCGGACAAAGGGUGGGAAGAGUGCAUUCCUGUCUCUCGUCGCAAGAUGCGCCGGAAGGUGAAGAAGGUGACAACGAAGGAGAAUGUGACACAGAAGUUCAAAACACAGACCACAGAAGUUGUGAAACAGGAGAAGAAAGCGACUCAGACCUUGGACUUGAAGACAGUGUGCCCGGUGACACCACCCAUGGGGCCAAAGGCCCCGCCGAUGCUGUUCACGCCGCCUUUGACACCAAAGCCCAAAACACUACCCAAAAAGCGGCUCAGACCAAAGCCAACUCAGUCAAAGAGGGUCCGGUUGGAUAACCAGCUCGCUAAGUUGAGGCUGCAAAGGGAUCGGUUGAGUUUCGAGUUGGCGAUGUUGGUGAGGGCAAAGACCAUGAUGGGGCCAUCCGGGCUGUAUGCCAUGGUUGAUGGCAAGCUGGCCUGA